AAAUUUUUUGGCUAUAAAAAGGGUGUUCAUGUCAAUAUUUUCUAGACCACCAAAUUAAAACAGUGCCAGCCUCAAAAAGAUAGGAUCUGUCUGCUAUUGUCUAAGUCUGUUUAGUUUUUGUGUUUUGUCAUUUUAUUACUACAACAAAUGACUAUUCCGGUGAUUGAUUUCUCAAAGCUUGAUGGAGAGGAAAGAGCCCAAACUUUGGCUCAGAUUUCCAAAGGAUGUGAAGAAUGGGGAUUCUUUCAGUUGGUGAAUCAUGGGAUACCAGUGGAGCUGCUUGAGAGGGUGAAGAAAGUGUGUGCAGAAUGCUUUAAGCUGGAAAGAGAAGAGGCUUUCAAGAAUUCAACACCAGUCAAGUUGCUUAAUGAGGCGGCCGAGAGCAAGAACAUUAAUAAUGGCAAUUAUAAGGUUGAAAAUGUGGAUUGGGAAGAUGUCUUCCUUCUCACUGAUGACAAUGAAUGGCCCUCCAACACUCCUGAAUUCAAGGAAACGAUGAAAGAAUAUAGAUCAGAAGUGAAGAAGCUAGCAGAGAGUGUGAUGGAAGUAAUGGAUGAAAACUUAGGCUUACAAAAAGGAUCAAUCAAGAAAGCCUUCAAUGAAGGAGAAGGAGAAGGAGACAAUAAUGCUUUUUUUGGAACAAAAGUGAGCCAUUACCCACCUUGCCCACAUCCAGAAAUGGUAAAUGGCCUAAGAGCUCAUACUGAUGCUGGAGGUGUGAUUCUACUUUUCCAAGAUGAUCAAGUUGAUGGCCUUCAAAUCCUUAAAGACGGCGAAUGGAUCGACGUCUUGCCUCUCCCUAACGCCAUUGUUAUCAACACAGGUGAUCAAAUUGAAGUGCUUAGCAAUGGGAAGUACAAGAGUGUUUGGCACAGAGUUAUGUCUAAACCAGAUGGGAAUAGGAGAUCUAUUGCUUCCUUCUAUAAUCCUUCUUUGAGAGCUACCAUUGCUCCUGCACCAGAGCUAGUGGAGAUGAAGGAUAAGAAAGAAAUGGAAUUAACUAAUUAUCCAACUUUUGUGUUUGGAGAUUACAUGGAUGUCUAUACUGAGCAGAAGUUCCUUCCUAAAGAACCAAGGUUUCAAGCUGUCAGAGCAAUGUGAAGAAGGGCUAAUAUAUAUAAAUAGCUUUCUCUCCAUUGUUUGGUUCAUUGUAGAAAUAUUUCAAUCUUCAUAUAAAGCAGUACAUAUAUAGUAAUCGUGUGGCUGCUUUUUAUGGGUUGUUGGUAUUUCCUUUUUCUUUUCUUUUUUCCUCAUGUAUUUCUUAAAAUGUAUCUAUCAAUUCUGUCUUUGUAAACUUUAA